UUUUUUUUUUAAAUUAGCUACUCGUUAGCCGUGCUCGCACACCCGCGGUACUCGCUUACCACAAUAGUUGUAGGCACUCAGAAUGUGCCAUAAAUCGUGGUGUCACGCUCCGGGCGGAAUGAGUCCAGUAAGACCGUUGUGGGCAUAAUCAACGCGUCACCUCGAGUAGGAAGUCACCGUUGUGGGAACUGUGCAGGAAGUGAAAGUGAAAGCUGCGGUCGUCGUUUUAAUGUUGUUAUUAUUUUCUGUGAAUCCCGACGUUAAACGGCGGCACGUCGAUCGGCGGCUAAUAGGUACCUAUUCCAAACUCCAAAAGUCCGCGGUAGCCGGUGUUGUGUGAACUCGCGGUGAGCCAUGCACGUCUACACAUUUUAUAAUCAAUGCUAAUGCCUAAUCUGAAAUUCGUAUUGACAGUAUUAUAGGUAGCUACCACCGUUCCCACGUCCGCUGUCGCUGUUGCCGCAGUUAAUUAGACAACACGUUCCACGCGAAAACCCAACAACCGCACCGCAUCAAAGGCGCGCCGGCUGAAAAAUGACUAUCGCAAACUUGGUGCUGAAAUUGGGUGUUUAUACCUCGGCUCUAGUUGGCUUCUUCACCUUGCUGCCUUUAAAGAACAACGUCACUUUCACCGAGUACAGUGUCACACAACAAAGACCUUUCACCGGACCGUUAGCAUUAAAUGAAAAGUUAUCAGGUAUAUCAAAACUUUUUGAAGGCAAAAUUGUAGGGCCUGAAGGUCUGUUGUUUUAUAAUAAUACUUUAUAUACAACAUUGCACUAUGGACAUGUUGUUAAAAUUGUUGAUAAUGAAAUAGUUCCUGUUGUAAAAUUUGGAAAAGUCUGUGAUGGAUUACAUGAUGAACAAAUUUGUGGACGCCCACUUGGCUUAUGUAUAGAUAAAACAGGAUUUUUAUAUGUAGCUGAUGCCUACUACGGUAUUUUCAAAGUGAAUUUAAAUCCAGAACAGUAUGGCAGAAAAGAGCAAUUAGUUUCAAUAGAUGAAGUUAUUGAUGGUGUGCGUCCUCAAAUACCAAAUUCAGUUGCAAUAGCUUCUGAUGGUACUUUGUACUGGACAGACUCUGAUACAAACUACAAAUUACACGAUGGACUUUAUACAUUAUUUGUUGAUGGAACUGGAAGAUUUUUGAAAUAUGAUCCAAAAACUAAAAAAAAUACAGUGUUAAUGAAAAAUCUUCAAUUUGCUAAUGGUAUAGAAUUAUCAGAUGAUGAAUCAUUCAUAUUGGUGGCUGAAACGGGGAAAUAUCGUGUACAUAAGUAUUAUUUAAAAGGACACAAAGCUGGAAAAAGUGAAAUAUUUAUUGAUGGGUUACCAGGAAUGCCAGAUAACAUUAAAAGAAAUGGCAGAGGGUCGUUUUAUAUUCCAUUAGUCAUACCAAGAAUUCCAAUUGUUGAUAGUAUCGGUGAAUAUCCAACUAUUAGAAUGAUGAUUACCAAAUCUCUUGCAAUAAUUGAUUUUACAUUACUCAAGAUCAAUUCAUUAUAUCCCAAUUUAUAUUGCAAAAGAGCAUUUCAUUGGAUUGGUCAUUUUGAAUCAAUUUCAUUCAUCAAAUCAAUAGCUAGACAACGGCUUUCUGUUUUAAAAGUUAAUGAACAAGGCAAAGUAUUAUCAAGCUACCAUUCUACAGAUGGAAAGGUAACUGGAAUAUGUGAUGUUGAAGUGAUUGAUGAUAAAUUAUAUCUGGGCUCACCAUUUAACACCUUUUUGGGAGUUAUUAAACUUCCACAAGGAUUUUUAUAAGUUAUAAUUGUUUUUUUUUUUUUUUUUGUAUAAUAGUUUACAUAG